GUCUUAAACGAGACAGUUCACUCACGUGCAUUUUCCACCAGCUCGCCACUCUGCUGGCGACCGGCGACCCGCCAACGGCACCUUUCCCUCGGAUUAACACAGGCAUCUUUUAUCGGGGCUGAACAAAGUGAAAAGAAGCGGAGAAAGGAGGUUGAAAGGUGGAAUGUAACCGUGGCGGCAGGGCAGAAUAUAGAGUGUUCGUGUUUGAGUGUGUGUUUAGUGGCGUGGACGGUUUGCGACCAAAGUCCAUGUUUGGAUUAAGGAAGCACAUUUCCUGCUUUUUCGACGAUUCAGGUCUCUGCGGUGCUUGGAUUGCACCAAGCCACUGUUUGUGUGCGACUAUGUUUGUGUGAGCCGUCCCCCCCCCCUGGUGCAUGCUCCCCGGUCAGGAGGAGAGCGUGUUGGCGGAGAUGAAGGCGGGCCGCUCCUCAUCGCUGCGGCUCCUGCUGCUCGCCUGCUGUGCGUGCGUAGCCGCCGGGUACCCGUUCAGACCGCCGCCGGACCUCGACGUGACUCCGCGCGUCACCGUGUUGAGCAGCAGUCUCCAUGGCUGCAGGCGUUUCCGCUCUUCCAUCGUCAACUACAGUGCCAUGUUGCUGGAGGCUGAGGGUGAGCAGCGCCUCUACGUCGGGGCCCGCGGGGCCGUGUUCGCGCUCGACGCCUCUGACAUCUCCGCCGCCUCUGCUCUCACCAUUGAGUGGGAGGCCUCUCCGGAGCAGAAACGUCAGUGUCUUCUCAAGGGAAAAGACAACAAGACUGAGUGUUUUAAUCACAUCCGCUUCCUGCAGAGGUUCAACUCCACGCAUCUCUACAUGUGUGGGACUCACGCCUUCAGUCCUAUGUGUGCAUAUAUAGAUGCUGAGAGAUUUGUGAUGUCUUCACCUGAAGAGGGCAGAGACAAAUGUCCUUACGGCCCAAAGACGGGCUACACUGGCAUCAUCGCAGACCAGGAGAUGUACACCGCUUCCCAGUACGAGUUUAGAAGCUUCCCAGACAUCCGCCGCAACUCUCCGUCUCCCACGCUAAAGACGGAGGAUGCGCCCACGCGAUGGUUGAACGAAGCCAGCUUUGUGGGCUCGGCGUUGGUGAGGGAGAGCUUGAGCAGCAGUACCAGCGCGGGCGAUGACGACAAGAUCUACUACUUCUUCACCGAGGGAAGCUUGGAACAGACGAGCACCUCCACCCACGGCAGGGUGGCGCGAGUGGCACGUAUUUGCAAGAGGGACCGAGGGGGCCGCCUAACUCUCCAAAAGCGCUGGACAUCCUUCCUCAAGGCCAGGCUGACGUGCUCCCUGCCCGAGUACGACUUCCACUUCAACGAGCUGCGCAGCGUGUUCGUCAUGCCCGGAGACACGCCGCGGGACACGCUCUUCUACGGCGUCUUCGGCCUGGGCUGGAAGAACAUAAAGGCGUCUGCAUUGUGUCGCUUCUCGCUGUCUGACGUCCAAGAGGCCUUCCAAGGACCUUACAUGGAGAACCAGGACUCUAACUGGAAGGAGUACACUGGAAAGAUCCCAGACCUGCGACCUGGAACGUGUAUCAGCGACGCUUUGAGGGCCAAGGGCAUCAACAUGUCCACCUCCCUGCCUGAUGACGUGCUCAACUUUGUACGAAGACACCCGUUGAUGUCCCGCCAUGUCCAGGCUUUAGACCGCCGCCCUCUGUUGUUCAGGAGGACCACAGAUUACACCCACCUGGCUGUGAAUGCCGUCCAAGGCUUGGAUGGACAAAAAUACCACGUGUUGUACAUGGGAACAGAUGAAGGCUGGUUGCACAAGGCCGUACACGUGGAGGGUCAGCUGCACAUUAUCGAGGAGCUGCAGCUGUUUGAGGAACCGCAGCCAGUGGACAACGUGCUGAUCUCUGCAAAACAGAAGAGCGUUUACAUCGGCUCUCCCUCCGGCGUGGUGCAGCUCCCCCUCUCCAAUUGCCGGAGGUACGCUUCCUGCUACGACUGCAUCUUUGCCAGGGACCCUCACUGCGCCUGGAGCGGAACCCAAUGCGUGGACAUCGUGGCGUACUCAGACAGGUCCACCUUAAUCCAGGACAUCCAGCAGGGCAACAGGGGGUGCAACAACACUCAAAUCGAUGUCGUCAUGCGCAGUCGGUUCGUGCGAGUCGGCGACGACGUGCUGCUGCAGUGCGAGCUCUGCUCCAACCUGGCCGCGCCCUUUUGGACCCUGGACGCCCACGAGCUGCGCGGCUACGGCCUCAGCUCCGGGUUCAGGACCGGCACGGACGGCCUGCUUAUCAUCGAGGCCCGGCAGGACCAGAGCGGCCUGUACGCCUGCUACUCUGUCGAGAAUGAAGUGAAGGUCGCCGUGGUUACCUACAACGUCACCAUUGGUCCGGACCCGCCGCUGCCCUCUCCGGUUGAGCCAAAUGACGGCCUGCGCCGCCGACGACCUAUCGGCGCACAAUUUCCCACGGCACCGCCUUCAUCCAGGGGGCCUUUAGAUGGGCCCUUGGUCCCCCUUAUCCCCCACUCGAAGCUGAUCUCCUCCAAGAGCAUGGAGGUCUUGUACUUGUCCCUCAUCACCAUCCUGGGCAGCCUGUGUGUGGUUCUGGCCGUGGUGCUGGUCUACAUGGGCUUCUGCCUGCGAGUGGGCCAACGAGGGAAGUACUCUCUACGGGCCGCUGCCGCGACCUACCCGUGCAACAAGAGAAGCUGCAGGAGCAAGAAGCAGCAGCGAAACUCCGCCCUCAUGGAGCUGAAGACCAUUUCCAGCCACUGUAACGGACACGGCGGCCAUAACGGCGUUUCCAGACGUCCUAACGGCGACGUCUACGACGGAGGCUCCCUCCAAAUUGUCCCCGGUGAAGCUUACACGUCGCCCAACACCGAGCCCCUGCCCCCGGCCCCUCCCCUGCCACCCACCCCGCCGCUCCCCUCCCCCGAGUGCAGCUUCCCCAACGGGCUGUCGGCCACGCUGCCCAGCGUCCUGCGCAGGAUGAACGGCAACAGCUACGUGCUGCUCAGGCAAAUCGACUCGGAGAACACGUCGCCGCUCUGCUCCACCUUUGCCGACGAGCUCAACAGGAUCUUGGAGCAACGCAAACAACUGGAGCCCAGGCCGGACGAGAGCUCCGUGUAGAGCUCCUGGCUCCCCCUGGUGGUGGGAGGACUGUGUGGCGUCGCAACAUAACAUUCGAGGGGGAGACCUUCUUUGCACUCAAACGUCCAAAAACAUGUGAAAAUAAGAAAUGACAGUGAAAAGCUUUUCUACCUCACCUCAUUUGUACCCCGACCGUCACGUGCGGCCUUGAGCGAGGAGAAAACAUAAAUACACGUGAAGACUUCCAUAUUUGGCUCGACUCACAGUGGAGGGCAGCUAGCCAAAGUUUGUUUGCACUAACUGAGUGCACAGAUGGCCUAUGCAUUUUUAAAACCUGUCAUUCACACUUUUCCUUACUAUAUACAAACACGGAACUGCAUUGUUUUCACUAACUUAACACUGAAUCCCUCUCUAAGAUUUUUAAUAUUAACUCGCAUAAAAACGGCUUGUUCCUUUACAACUCAUUCAUCCAGGAUAUGAAGUAAUACAGUGUGCCAUAACAAUAAGAAAGCCUUAAUUAACAAUUUAAAGGGCACUUUUUGAAUAAGGAUACAGUUAGAUCAGGGGUGUCAAACGUACGGCUCGGUUUUAUCGGCCCGCGGGAUAAGUUUGCUAAGUAAAAAAAUUAGCCAAUUUUUUUUUAUGAAAGAAACUGCUGUUCUAAAUUUGUCCACUAGAUGUCGCAAUAGCAAAUCUUUGUAUCUUUGUAGAUUAUGCUACAUAUGUAAAAAAAAAAAAAAAAAAACAUGUUAGUGCACCAGUCGAGGAAAAUGAGCAAACUACAUAAAUAACAUCCUGUAAUUUGAUUUUGAUAUUAUUUUUUUAUCUUGAUAGAUUGAAAAUGAACACCAAUGAGUUGACUGAUAAACAUUAUCACAUAAUUUAUUCAGAAAGUAUAAAUAACGACAAAUAAAGAGAGAAUACUACUAACCGCAACAUAUAAGUGUAAAAAAACAACAACACUAUGAUUUGUACAUUUUCAGAAUGUGCUUGUUCCAUUUUUAAAUCUGAAAUUGUCAUUAUUUUUAAGUUAUCGUGCCGUGAUUUUACCAGUCCGGCCCACUUGGGAGUAGAUUUUUCUCCCAUGUUGCCCCCGAUCUAAAAUGCGUUCGACACCCCUGAGUUAGAUACUAAUAUUUUUACACUAUCUGUAAAAGAAUAAAUAAUGUGUGAUGACUAAAGUCCCUAAUAACUGCAAUGCCAAAAUGCAUUUGGUGUAUAGAUUUGUUUUUUAGUAACAAGCGAAACAAAGAAGAAAAAAAAUAUUUUGUAAUUAUAGUGUUACCCUGUUUGAAAUAUGUCAGUAUUAUAAUUGUUGCUAAAUUAACAACCCCAGUUUUAAAGUCAGUGGAUCCCACAAAGGACUUGGACACUGGAUAUUAUAAUGGAUUUUUGGAACCAGAAGGACAACACGGAAAUCCACAACCGACUGUCAGUAUCACAUACAGUAUAUUGAUCAGGGAUGGCUACUGAAUUGGUUACUUUUAUCGAGAAUGACCAAAUCUACGGAGUGCAGGUUCAUGUCAAUUUAAGGUACCGAAUUUUGAUAACAGGGUUGGGUGUGACGUCACGUCCGGUUACAGGCAGCACGAGAUCAGGCACUUGGCGGGCGUAUUCAUGGCAGACUGCUUCUAGGUAAUCUUACUAUUUCCCAUUCCAACAAAGCAAGUAUGCCUGAUAGAAAGUACUCGAAAGUAAUUUUUAACAAAGCAAGUAUGGCUGCCAGAAAACACUCAAACGUGUUCCACUGUAGACACGGCACAGGAGCCAAGCGUGCAGUUUUAACAAAGUUUUAAUGUGGAUAUAUUUUUGUCCAAGUCCUUCUCCAGUAGAGCGUGACUUUUCAGUCACGUCCGUAUCCUCUCUCCCCUCCUGCUCCCGGCCGCUUACUGUUAAAGACAACAGAUGAUUAGAUUAACACGUACCACCUGUGAAAUCUAAUCACCUGCCAGCUGUGUCUCGCCGUCCGCCCAUGCCCCGCCCCUAUCCGAUGGUGCUCGUCCUCAGCACCACAGACAGAGGCGGUGACCUUUGCUCCUGCAGGCGCGCUGGCCACACCUCCCUCCACAACAUGCUACUGGUUAGCAUUAGCAAUUUUUAAAUGUUCAAAUGCCUCCAAAUUUGGUAACUUAAAACCAUAGCUAAGAUGCCCGUUAAGUACGAUACUUAACGUAUAAACAUUUUGUAGGGUUUAACUUAAGACUAGCUCGUUCAACUUAAUGCUAAUGAACCAAUGCUACUGGAUAGCACAGUUAUCAGUUCAAUGUUAAAUAAUAAAACAUGCAGUUUAUUAUUUAACAAAUUUAAAACAUUCUACCACACAAACACUAGGGGCGACUUUAGGAUUGAAUAGAAUCUAGCUAGGGCUUGUUUUUUGUCAAAUUUGAAAUACACUUACAAAUGAUUAGGCUAUGUUUUAAUCAGGCACUACUAUUAUUAUCCUAGCUUGUUUGUAACAUUAUCUUUACAUUACGAUGGGACGCUAACAUUUGGCAAAGCAGCAACACUUUUUCAAACAAGAUCCACACAAACCCGGAUCAUCACCCGUUUGCUCGUAAUACUUUUUGUUUUAAAAAAAACAUUUUUUCUGAGUGUUCAUGUUUACACUUUUCCCAUGGCUUCUUCUUCACAGGAGGCUCAGGCAGGCUACUUUAUGCAACUGCUGCCUCUCUGUUGGACUCCGGUACUGCACGAGAGACUGAUUCCCAGGUACCGGGAAUUGGUACCGUAUGGAUUCAAAGGUGGAAGGUACCCAUCCCUAACAUUGACUUUCUUGUCAUUGUAACUGUCUUAUUCUGUUGUGACACUUUCGUCUUGGUUAAGUCUUACACAUUACCAAAAUAACGCCUUUAAGCCCACCAUUAUUUCUUCGACGGUUUGUUUAAUUCCUGUCAAAGUGAAGCCACUUUCACGAGCGAGCCUAACGAGGGCGCGGUGUCAGGUUUGAAAAGGUGCGCUCUUGGCGAGGCCCGACGUUUGAAGCUCAAGAGCUCUCCCGUCAGUGGUCGUGAUCAAAGCGAUGGAAGAUGGCGGACCGAGCUGCGCUCUUCACACAUUAAACGCCUUCAUUAAAGCGCUUCCGCCUCAUUUGGAAGGCGGCCCGACACCACCGCUGAGCUGCUUUGGAGUUGUCGGCUUUUGCAGUGAAUCCAAAUUUGCUGCCAGACAGCUCCAAGGUCUUUGUAUUUUCUCCAAUUGUCUCCCUUAAUCCUCCGAAUGUAAUCUCCUACAAGCUUCUGGUGGUACAACUCACUGCCCAGACGUAGUGUGCACGCCCCUUUCACACUGCCCAUAAAACCCUGCAUUUUACUGGUGUCAUUGUUCUGUAUGAAAGGCACCGGCACAAAAUUGUCAUAUAAAAAUUUCUGCCUUUUAAUGUAGUUAAAUGCUGCUCGCAGAAGCCGACAUUUUUCUGCCUGUCAUUGCUGUUCUGUAUAAACUGCACCGACACAGAAGUUAACCCGGCAAUUUUCCACCUUUUGGAUGAGAGCUUUAAGACUUACUUGCCCUAAGCCCACUGUUGCUCUUCAACAAGUAUCGUAUGCGUGACGCCAAAUGUUGACAUCUAAUUAUGUGCUAGGUUCUGUACAAAAGGCAAAAUUGAGUAAAUGGGGUGUUUGUUGUAUUGAUUUUUCUUGAAAACACAGUAAACAAUCAGAUUUCGGGAUGUUGCGCUGCUUUGUGACAGCGUACAAAGUUGCAACACUAUCCUGUUUUUUGGUUCUGUGCGUGACGCCAUAUGUUGACUUCUAAUUAUGUGAUAGGUUCUGUACAACAGGCACAAUUGAGUAAAUGGGGUGUUGUAUUGAUUUUUCUUGAAAACACAGUAUAUGAUCAGAUUACGGGACGUUGGGCUGCUGUGUGACAGCGUACAAAGUUUAAACACUAUCCUGUUUUUUGGUUCUGUGCGUGACGCCAUAUGUUGACAUCUAAUUAUGUGAUAGGUUCUGUACAACAGGCACAAUUGAGUAAAUGGUGUGUUUGUUGUAUUGAUUUUUCUUGAAAACACAGUAAACGAUCAGAUUUCGGGAUGUUGUCCUGCUUUGUGACAGCGUACAAAGUUGCAACACUAUCCUGUUUUCUGGUUCUGUGUAAAAGGCCAAAUUAAUAAAGGAGGGUUGUAUUAUUUUAACAAUUUUGCCGGAUUUUUGUAGAAGAAGAUUAAUUAUCCGUUUGCAGAAAUUGUGUGAAAGUGCAUCAGUAGCUCAUUUUGUCGGAUUAUGUGUUAAACAGACGAAUAAAUGGCUUCAAUGUGACACCUGUGUGAAAGGUGCUAAAUUAUGUGAUUACGGGAUGCCGUUCGUGACCGCGCGCAAAGUUGCAACACUAUCUUUUUUUCGGUUCUGUGUAAAAGGCACAAACGAAUAAAUAAGAGUUGUAUUGUUACUGCAAUUUUGAAGCAAUUCUGUAAAAGAGUUAUCUGUUUGCAGGAUGUUGUGUGAAAGUUCACAUAGCUGCAUCAGUAUCUCAUUUUGUUGCAUAAAAGGCACAGGGGGAUGAACAUCGAAUUAUGGCUUUGAUAUGACCCUUCUGUGUGAAAGGUGCUAAAUUAUGUGAUUACGGGAUGCUGUUUGUGACUGCGCACAAAGUUGCUACACUAUGUUUUUUUUCGGUUCUGUGUAAAAGGCACAUACGAUUAAAUGAGAGUUGUAUUGUUACUGCAAUUUUGCGGAAUUUCUGUAAAAGAGGUUUGAUUAUCUGUUUGCAGGAUGCUGUGUGAAAGUUCACAUAGCUGCAUCAGUACCUCAUUUUGUUGCAUAAAAGGCACAGGGGAAUAAACAUCGAAUUAUGGCUUUCAUAUGACCCUUCUGUGUGAAAGGUGCUAAAUUAUUGGAUUGCGGGAUACGGUUUCGCUGUGUGAAAUUACAAUCACAGUCAUUAUUCCAUUUUAUCGUGUUCUGUGAUAAAAGGCAAAUCUUUUUUUUUUACUAUUUUGUGUCAUCUCUGUGAAAGAAGCCUAAUUAUUCUAUUCCAGGAUGCCGUGUUGCUGUGUGAAAGUUCUCUCAUCUGCAUCAGUAGCUCAUUUUGUUGGGUUAUGUUAAAAAAAGCACUGGUAAACCGAAUAAAUGUUGAACUAUGGCUUUGAUAUGACAACUUUACGGGACUUCUGUAUUAAGGUGUUGAAUUAUUAAAUUGUGGGAUGUUGUUUCUCUGUGUGCAAGUGCAAACACAGUCACAGCAAUAGUCUAUUUUGCUGGGUUCUGUGAUAAAAGGCACAUUGCAGCUGUGAUAUGGCAAUUUUGUGUCAUCUCUGCGUAAAAGAGGCUUAAUUAUCUGAUUGCAAGAUAGCGUGUUGCUGUGUGAAAGCGCUCACAGUUGCAGCAAUAUCCCAUUUCGCUGAUUUCUGUGUGACUGGCACUGGCAAACAAAUGCCGGCUCUAUUGUGCUGGCAAUUUGGCGGAACCUCCUUACGAAUAACGCUGGAUCAUUUGAUUACAAAGUGGCGCACUGCUGUGUGAAAGCUCUCAUGGUAGCAGUAACAUAAAGAGGUUUAAACGGAACAAAUAAUGAAUAAUCAUCUCUCAAACUGUGCCUGGAAUUCCAACUAAAAGUGCGCACAAAUAAAUAAACCUGCGUUUAUUCCAGUGAAUAGCUUUUCUUUUUAUAGACAGCUUUCUGUCUCUGUUGUGUGCGUCUGCAAGGUAAGACAUCAGCUAUUCUGUUCCUGCUCACAGUUGCGGCAAUAUUUGCCAUUUUGCUGGAUACCUGUGUUAUAAAGUCUUAAUAGUUGUUGUAAAAUGUAUUUAUUUAGUACUUUUUGUGAGACAAGCGUUCACUGAGGGGUCCUAGUUGGCUUUAUGUCAGUCAAUGCACGAGACCACACACUUUAAUGUUGAUAAACUACUCACAGAAAGUUCAUGUUUUCUCUUGUUGUGCAUGUUACACCACUCUCACCUUUUUUUCACUGCAAUCGGCUUUAAAUAAACUUUGUACUUCUAUC